CGACCUUCGUUGACUGAAUCAUCAACCACCAUGUCAUCGCCAAAACUACCACGCGUUGCCAUCACGUACUGUACGCAAUGUAGAUGGAUGCUCAGAGCCGCAUACUUUGGCCAGGAACUCCUGUCGACCUUCGGAACCGCCAUUGGCGAGAUUGCUCUCAUCCCUGCUUCCGGUGGCAUCUUCACCGUCUACCUCACACACGUCCCGCCCGGCUCCGAAGAGAACGCUCAACCAGAAGAGAUUCUGUUGUGGGACAGGAAGGCAGAGGAAGGCUUCCCUGAUACCAAGAUUUUGAAACAACGUCUGAGAAACCACAUCGAGCCUGGUCGCGACCUCGGUCACUCUGAUAAGCCUCACAAGACUCAGACCGCCGACACUCCUGCCAAACCAGCCGAGCCUGCUCAGACCUCUGCGCCUGCUGCACAAGAGGGAACAAAAGACUGUGAGGACUGCAAAUAGUUUUCUCGACUAGCUAUAGCUACAUUAUACUACACUGUCAUCACAUCUUCCACACAAUCUUCCUUACAAGCCCAGUGCACUCAUCUCGGCCAAUGCCUGCCGGAGUCUCUGAUUCUCCUGCCGAAGGUCUUGGAUAACAAACUCGUCCUUGCUGCGCUCUUGCUUGACUGCCGUCUGUACCGCAGCCUGGAACCCUUCAUCCAUCUUGCUCUCGACUUUAGCAUCAAUAUUGGCUGCCAACCUCUCGGUCUCUCUACACUGCGCGUACAACU